UACCUUCGCGUGCGCUUCCGGUUCAUCUCAAGGGCAAAACUAUCACAUGUGCCGAAGCGACACAGACUUGAAUAUCUCCGGGCCAGUUUUAUUAUAUCAAUAGUUUAUAAAAUGGACAGUUUUGGUUCAGAUUUAUCUUCAGGCUCGUCUGGUAAAAUGGACACUGGCACUAUAAUGGAACAAGUCAAAGUUCAGAUCGCGGUUGCUAAUGCACAAGAGCUCCUGCAGAGAAUGACUGACAAAUGCUUCAAGAAGUGCAUUGGCAAGCCGGGGAGCACGCUGGACAAUUCCGAACAGAAAUGCAUCGCCAUGUGCAUGGAUCGUUACAUGGAUGCGUGGAACACGGUCUCUCGCGCUUACAAUUCCAGAUUACAGAGAGAAAGAGCACGCAUUUGAUGUGAAAAUGGUGGCCUGUUCUCCUCUGUAUGGCUCAGGUAGUGAUGGACCUCCCCGACAGGUGCAUUGGCUCUCUUGCCUCAAAACAACAGCUAAAGGCUACAGACGGAACAAGGUGCUUGGAUUAAACUGUACAUGGACUAAUUCAACUUUAUUUUGAGGCGUCGAAAACAAUGCAUACGAUAUAUAUUUGUCACGAAAUUCUUCACUAGUUUGCAUUAUGAUGGUAAUAAUGGGUUGAUUAUUUCUUGCGCUUUAAAUUAUGUCUAGAAUAAAUUGAAAGAGAAUGGGAUUUAAGCUCCGCCCAUUCUGUACUCUGUCAGCAGGUGUCUCUGUUUAAUAUCAAUGGAAGGUUUCCUCCCCCUGCGUUGGUAUCCAUUAAGCAAGAACCAUUCAAAACGCAGCGUACCAUCUGACUGGAGGGGACACCUUACCUCUGUUCCACAAACCUAGUUCUUUUCACAAAGGGCAGUCUUUGUUCCAAUAGUUGUACCUUCUUCUCCAGGAGCUGCCAGACAGUGCUUCAUACCUCUGACAAACAAAACGCAUUUAUCAAAGCUGGAGUGUCGCUUGUCUCAUUGUUAGCCACGGUAGCAGGUUUGUUCAGACACCUCCUGCUCAUUUACAAAUGACUGUGUAAAAGUAGAUCACUUUGGAUACAAGCAUUUCUUAGACAUGCCUUUGGUUUGGGUUUGGAUGCGGAGACCAACUUUUCCAGAGAUGUCCUGAAAGAUUUUGUGUUAUUGUCACUCAGCUGUUUUUAUGGAAUGCCAAUAAAUACUGUCAAACCA